AUGCUCGUUCUUGCUUUUGUUCUCAUCAACUGUGCCCUUUCCUUCGGACAUCCACCAGUCCAAAUCCACAACUCGGUCCUCAACAUGGCCAAGGAUCUCGAUCAACAACAACUCACUUCCAAGCCGAUGUUGAAAGUGACCGCCGCUUUGGAGGACACCCAAGUCCCGGCUGGAGCCCCACACACCUUGUACUGUGAAGUGCUCGCCACUCCGGCUGCUUCCAUCCGUUGGCUCUUCAACGGAAAGAAGGUCCAAGGAAACAUGGAGCUGAAUAUUGAAGAGAAACUCUUGAACACCAAGAAGAAUGUCGUCGACUCUGGAAUCAUCGGAUCGACCUACACCAUUGAAUGCCCAUCCUCGGAGACCUCUGGAACCUACACCUGCGUCGCCUUCAAUGGACACCAAACUGUUGAAACCUCGGCUGUCAUUGAGACCGAAGGAGACUUCGAAUGCCGCCAAAACCGCCGAUCAGCUCCAAAGGUUGUCCAAUGGACUGACUCCCGUUUCGAGAUGCAAGGAAAUGUUGCAACCCUCUCUUGCCGUGCCAACCAAGCUGCUGACUGGGCCUGGACCUAUGAGGGAGACUUGAUCACUGAUGAAUCCCGCUUCGAAGUCGUUCCAAAUGGAGAUCUCCGUAUCAAGAACAUCGUCUGGGCCGACAUGGGAACCUAUGAGUGCAUCGCUCGCAACGACUACGGAGAGACCCGCCAAGACACCUUCCUCUACCCGACCGCCAAGAAAUCUGCUUAA